AUGGCGAACAAAAUCAACGACUCUUGCGCGCCCACAAAUGCGGCCCAGAACUUGGCCCGAACGUAUGGAACGUCGAAUGCGCAGCUUCGGUCGGGUGUGGAAAGGCAGAUUGAGCAACUUGGACCCAGUGGAUCGAAGGGCGAUCAAGUAAAUUUUUGGGAUUUUUGAAAUUUUUCGAAAGUUUAGAGGAUUUGUGAUUUUUGGAGGAAAUUUUUGAUUUCAAAGAGAAAUUGGGGAUUUUGGGCGAGUUGUAUGGUUAAAUGGGUUGGAAUAGAGUUUAGAUGAAUUAGAAUAGCAUAAGAUUCAAAAUUGGAACUGGAUUUUUACUCUUGAAAUUGAAAAAAUAAGUUUUUUUUGAAAAAGUAUAAAAAAAUUGGGGGUUUUGCUAAAAUUACUGUAAUUUUUUGAUGUCAUAAUUUUUUUGCAUCUGAAUUAGUCUACAAGGCUCCAUUCACUAGUAUUUAUUUCCAGUUCGCACAAGAAUACCUCUCCCGUGUGGGCCAAGCGCAGCCCCAGCCAAAUUCGAUCAAUGUCCGCCAGCUCCUAAAUCAACCCAAUUCCUCGCGAUGGGCCGACGAAUUCUCGCAAACCCAUCGACAAACCCCCCAACAACAAAUGGUCGACAAAUGGGCCGUCGAGUUUCGCCAGCGGAACGCUUUCAACAUGAACCCGCUGGCCAAUGAACUGCCGAAUAAAUGGGCCGAGGAAUUUCAGCAAGUCUCGAGACUACCGCCGCAACAAAUGCAUGAGCAGUGGUCGAAGGAGUUCGAUCAGUGGAUCGACAACAGUCAUCAGCAACCGGGAGGGCUUGAGGCGGCAUGGGCACAAGUUCAGCAGGGGUAAGAGGCGAUUUUUGGGGAGAAAAUGAGGGCUGAUGAUGGCUUAGUCAUCAAAAAAAAUUUUUUUCAAAAAUUUGCAAGAUGCGACUCGAAAUUUCAACAAGCAAUACAUAUUAUGUGGACCAGAUGGACCAUACAAACGAAAUUUGCUCAAAAGAAAUUUGAGCAACAUACUACGAAAAAAUUCCCUCGUUGGCCAGUGUUAUCAUGAUGAAUAUAAUUUUUUACAAAUUUUUUCCAGUGAGACCCUUGGCGACGAAUGGGCGAAAGAGUUUGCCGAGAAAGUGGGAAAUCAAGAAGUCCCCACCCUUGAUCAAGCAACUUUAGACGCGGAAUUCGACAAAAUCUUCCACGCCGGCAUGGAUGAAUGGAGUGGAGUGGAAGAGAUGUCCGAAUACCCCAUGGAAUAUCAGUUUGCAGAGGUAAAUUAGUGUCAUUGGAGCCAAAAAAAUUUUAUCAGCCAAAAAAUCCUAUUUUAGGGUGGAAAAUUUUAAAAAUCCAGAAAAUCCGUCAUCGUGACUUAUUUUUUAAACAAGUAAUUGAUAGUAAUUUCUUGAAUAUGCAUAAUGUGAGGUGUAGUCAACAUUUUUGCAAAGUUUUGAGUGAGUUUCACUUCGGCAAUAACAUUUUUUCACUGACCGAUGACGCAUUUUCUGGAAACAAAAUCAAAAUUUUUGAUGACUUUUUUUUCUUCAGAUGACGACAAAAAUUAAUUUUGCUGCUUUUAGGAGUGCUAGAACAUCAAUAAAAGAGUAAUCUGAUAUUACUUUAGACAUGAUAUUACUUUAGGUAAUAUCAACAUUUUUUGAUAUUCAUAUUUCUCCGAUUUCAGACUAAUCAAUAUGCAAACUCGGACAUUGACCUGAUGGCUCAAGGCUCCACGGAGAUGCGGAAUGGCAACACUCAGGAGGCGAUAUUGCUCUACGAAGCGCAGGUCCAAAAGAACCCGCGCGAUGCGGAAGCGUGGUGCAAACUUGGGUUUUGUCACGCCGAAAACGAACACGACAUCGCGGCCAUGUCGGCUUUCAAGAAGGCCUUGGAAGUGGAUCCGCAAAUGAGAGAGGCGUUGCUGGGAUUUUCGGUCAGCUUGGCCAAUGAGAACUACAGUAAUGAGGCGUUGACGCAACUGGAAAGAUGGCUCGAUUCGUAUAAAGGAGUCGUCAAACCGGAGACGGUAAGUGAUGAUUAGAGAUUUGAAAACGAUUUAAAGUUGCUUUUGAUGACUUUCUUGGGCUAAAAAUCGUAGGAUUUAAAAAAAAUUUUUGGUAUUUUGAGGCCCAAUUUUACUCUUAAUUUGCCGCUGGAAAUAACCGAAAUAACUUUUUAUUGGUCCAUUGCAAUAUAUGCGUUGCUGCUUUAUACAUUUCUCUCUGUAAUUUUGUAAAAAAACUCAAAAAUUUUAUAUUGUACUAGGUAAAAUUAGACUUGUCAAAAAUGUUUCAUCAUUGUCUCAAAAAGACUUGUUUGUCAUAAAAUCAGGUUUUAAACUUUUCUUCGUUGAUUUAGAGAAGCUUUAAAAUAAUUCUGCAUCGAAAUUUGCCCAAAAAAAUUGGAAAUUUUUGCGAAAGCGGCUUAUUUUGUGUUGUUUUAGAUGCCUAGCAGCUCAAACGGGGUUUUUCUGGACCCAUUAGCUUUAUCUUAUCGUCCUGAUCUCAUAAACAAGGUAUGGAAAAAAGUGAAUUUAAAAUCCAAAAAAAAAUAUUUAAAUAUACGCAGUGUUAUACUAGGCAAUUUGAUGACAAAAAAAAUCAAAUUUAAUAAAUUCAAACGUUUUUAGGCCAACGAAAAGACCCGCCUCGGAUUCUACGGAGCUUUCAUUGACCCUCUCCGCUUCCAACAAAUCGAAAAUGGCUUUCUGGAGGCAGCUCGCGCCCAGACCAAUGCCGACCCGGAGCUUCAAAAUGCCCUUGGGGUACUGUAUAAUCUAAAUGGGACCUUCGACAGAGCUGUGGACUCAAUUAAGACCGCAAUUGCCCGUUCGCCGGACGAUCCCAGACUUUGGAAUCGACUUGGAGCUACUUUGGCGAACUCAGAUCGGACCGCCGAAGCUAUUGAAGCCUACAGGCACGCACUGCAGCUGUUUCCAGCCUACGUUCGAGCCCGAUAUAAUCUAGGAAUCUCUUGUAUGCAUCUAAAUUGCUAUCGGUAAAGAUUUACAGAACACCUUUUAUAUUACACUAGGCAUCGAAUAAGACAAAAAACAUAAAAUUUUCCAUUAAAAAAAUCGUGAAAUAUAUUUUUUAGCGAAGCCGUGGACCACUUUGUUAACGCGUUGAAGCUUCAAAAGGCCAAUGAGAAUUCCCCGAUUUGGUCUACACUCAGGUCGGCGUUGAUUCGAAUGGAAAACACGGACUCAAAUUUAAUGGCUGCUGUAAAUAAUUACGAUAUAGAGGCGUUGCAACGACAUCUCCCGAGGGCUUAAGGCUAUGUCACAAGUUUAUUACAUUGUAUUUUGAAUAUUCUUCAGAUUCUAAUCUUAAAAAAUAAAAAAUUUCAAAAUGGCUUGGAUUUUUUUGGCAAUGAAAUUUAUCGGAUAAGGAAUAUACGAGGUGCGUCAGUGUGUCGUCAGAGUUGGUAUUAUCUGCUUGGGAUCUCCAGCCAUCAUAAGCCGCUCACCGGCUGCCGUGUGGCCGAAAAAAAGGCCCCUGCGCCGAGCUUUUGCACCGGUUGCGUAGCAAAUCUGUGUAUCGUGAGUCGGUCUUCGGUGAGAAAGAGGUUGUUCUGCUUCACAAACUUUACGAGCUUUGAGAUCGGGUCUACAGGAAUCCGGCAUCGUCGGAUGCUGCGGCGCUGAUGGCCGCUUCCUACCUGACCUGUGGGAUGAUAUCCGGACCCAACCUGAUCGACGAUAAUGGAGACCGCUGA